AUGACCGGUUAUUCCGGUGGCACCGUGUUGAUCAUGGCGAUACCAUUGAUAUUUUCAAUGGAAGUGUAUCCGGUGGCUCUUUGUAGCGACAAUGUUGGAUUCAGAAAAGCUAUGUCGCUAAUUUUAGAGAUCAAAGAGAAGGUUGAGAAGUUUCAACGUAUCCCUGUUUCCAAACAAACUCUUUUCUUCCAAGGAAAUGUUCUACAAGAAAAUCUUGACAUCGAACAAUGUCAGAUCCUCCACAACUCACGUCUACAGCUCCUCAUCUGUACUCCCAGUACCGACCAAAGCGCGAGCACUCUGGUGUUCAAAACCGACCAAUCUCCACCGUCAAACUCAACUGAACAGAUCAUUACUGUUCAUCAAGAUCCGAGUGUGAUGAUGUCUGGGAGCAAUCACAACAACAAUAACAACAACAACAACAACAACAGCACGAAGAAGCUAAGAGUAAUGGUGUCGCUGAAAUGCGGGACCAGGAAGUUUCCGGUGGAAGUGAAUGCAUGUGAUAAAGUUGGAGAGCUGAGGAAGGAGCUUGCUAAUAUUCAACAAAGGUUUCGGUUUAAUCUACCUCAAGAAGGUUAUUUCUUUAUACACAAACAAAAUGUAAUGGGUGAUGACCGGUCAUUCCGGUGGCACCGUGUUGAUCACGGUGAUAACAUUGAUAUUUUCAAUGGAAGUGUAUCCGGUGGCUCUUCGUAG